AUGACUGAAUUUGAAUUGCCUCCUACCUAUUCCUCCGCCGCCAACGACUUGCGGUCGGACACUUUCACCACUCCAACGCCAGAGAUGAUGCAGGUUGCCCUAGAGGCGUCCGUCGGGGACGCCGUCUACGGUGAAGACGUUGACACUGUCAGGCUCGAGCAGACGGUCGCCCGCCUUGCCGGUAAGGAAGCAGGUCUGUUCUGCGUCUCCGGUACGCUGUCCAACCAAAUCGGUAUCAGAACUCACUUGAUGCAGCCCCCAUACUCCGUUCUGUGCGACUACAGGGCCCACGUUUACACGCACGAGGCCGCGGGUCUUGCCAUUCUGUCUCAAGCCAUGGUCGUCCCCGUGAUCCCUUCCAACGGUGACUACAUGACCUUGGACGACAUCAAGGCCCACUACGUCCCUGACGACGGUGACAUCCACGGUGCCCCCACUAGACUGAUCUCUUUGGAAAACACCUUGCACGGUAUCGUCUACCCAUUGGAAGAGCUGGUCCGCAUCAAAGCCUGGUGUAUGGAGAACGGGCUCAAGCUGCACUGUGACGGUGCCAGAAUCUGGAACGCCGCUGCGCAAGCUGGCGUCCCAUUGAAACAGUACGGAGAAAUCUUCGACUCCAUCUCCAUCUGUCUGUCCAAGUCCAUGGGUGCUCCUAUCGGGUCCAUCUUGGUCGGGAACCUCAAGUUUAUCAAAAAGGCCACUCACUUCAGAAAACAACAAGGUGGUGGUAUCAGACAGUCUGGUAUGAUGGCCAGAAUGGCCCAGUACAAAAUCGACGGUGACUGGAAGGCCCAACUGCUGUACUCUCACUCGCUCGCCCACGAGCUGGCCCGUUUCUGUAGCGACAAAGGCAUCCCGCUAGAGUCCCCCGCAGACACCAACUUCGUCUUCCUAGACCUAAAGUCCGCCAGAAUGGACCCUGACGUCCUUGUCAAGAAGGGUCUAAAGUACAACGUCAAGCUAAUGGGUGGCAGAGUAUCCUUCCACUACCAGAUCACUAGAGACACUCUAGAAAAAGUUAAGCUGGCCAUCUCUGAGGCCUUCGAUUAUGCAAAGGAGCAUCCCUUCGAUUCCAACGGUCCUACCAAGAUUUACCGUAGUGAAUCCACCGAAGUCGACGUGGAUGGCAAUGCCAUUCACGAAAUAAAAACCUACAAGUACUGA